AUGCCCAAAGACUACAUCACACGACUCGUCUUCGACCGCACCCACCUCUCCCUCGCCAUCAUCAAACAACAACAACCUCACCAUGAAGGGUCCCAAAACCCCGAAGUCCUCGGCGGCAUCACCUUCCGCGAAUUCCGCACACGUCAAUUCGCCGAAAUAGUCUUCUGCGCCGUAACCUCCCACCAACAAGUGAAAGGGUACGGCGCACACCUCAUGGCCCAUCUAAAAGACUAUGUGCGUGCCACAGGCCCAGUCAUGCAUUUCCUCACGUACGCAGACAACUACGCGACAGGAUACUUCCAAAAACAGGGAUUCACGAAGCAAAUCACCCUGCCGAAGGCAACCUGGAUGGGAUAUAUCAAGGACUACGAAGGCGGGGACACUAAUGCAGUAAUGCUACUGAAGCAAAAGGAAACAGUACUAGCGAAGAUGCGCGCACUAAGCAGGAACCAUAUCGUACAUGCACCGCCUACACAAUGGAAAAUGAAAAUCACACCCAUAAACAACCCCCUCUCUAUCCCUGCCAUCCUCGCAACAGGCUGGUCGCCAAGUAUGGACGAUUUCUCGCGCGAACACCGUCGUCACGGACCCCAGUUUAAUGAGAUGCGACGGUUCCUUAACGAGAUCAGGAAUCAUAAGCAGGCGUGGCCGUUUCUGAGUCCCGUGAGUAGGGAUGAAGUGCCGGAGUAUUAUGAGGUGAUUGAGCAGCCGAUGGAUUUGGGGACUAUGGAGGAGAAGUUGGCGAGGGAUGAGUAUGAGGGUCCGGAGCAGUUGAUGGGGGAUUUUAAGUUGGUGUUGGGGAAUUGUAGGUUGUUUAAUGAGCAGGGCACCGUGUAUGUUAAGUGUGCGGGGGGGUUGGAGAGGUUUGUGAGGAGGGUGUUGGGGGAGAUGAGUGGGUGGGAGGGGUUGCUUGAUUGA